GAGAGAGAGGAGAGAAGCUUGAGUGAGUUUGAAGUUGGACUGCAGGGGGAUAACAGAGGGCUGAAGGUGGAUGAAAAUAGCCCAGUGGAAUGGAGAAACUGAACCAGGGCGCAGAGACUGGCUCCAACUGAAACAUAACCAAAGGCAGGGGGGAAAAUACCUGAAUGGGACCAGGGGGGAUGAAGAGUCUAAUUAAGAGUUUUGAUAAAGAGCCGUGGUUGUAUUCCAAAAUGGCACGGAUUUGCGCCCACGCAAACGCGCACUUUGCAAAGAUGACAUAGCACUUGAGAAAAUGGGAUUCCUCCAGGAACACAAUUCGCUCACGACCUGAAUGAAAAUAGAAAAAAGGGAUUCUGUUGAAGUCGGAGUUUGGCUUUGAUCUUUCUUUUUUUAUUAUUAUUAUUAUUUAAUUUUUUUUAUUUUCACUUGACACGCUGCGGCUGUGAGUGAACUCAGACUGAAAUAUGAAUCUGGGCAAAGCACUCCUGUUUUUCCUCCUCUCAAACUGUGUGAUUAUGACUUUCUCGCUUUCCACUUGCACAACUGUGGACAUCGACCACAUAAAGAAGAAGAGGGUCGAGGCGGUCCGAGGACAGAUUCUCAGCAAACUCCGGAUGACAAGUCCGCCUCAGACGACAAGUCCGAGCCAGGUAUCGCCUGAGGUCCUGGCCCUGUAUAACAGCACCAGGGAGCUCAUAGAGGAGAUGGGAAGGAACCGACAGCAGAGCUGCGGCCAGGAUAACACAGAGACUGAGUACUACGCCAAAGAGAUUUACAAGGUCGACAUGAUCUUUGGACCACAAGAAAACAACGACCUCAACGUCUGCACUAAGGGCAUCACCUCCAAGUUUUUCCGCUUCAACGUGUCGAUGAUAGAGAAGAACGCCACCAACCUGUUUCGGGCCGAGUUUCGAGCCCUGCGGAUCCCUAACCCCAGUGCCAAGAAAAACGAGCAGAGGAUUGAGCUCUACCAGAUCCUCCAGAAAUACAAGCAGCGCUACGUCGGGGGCAAGACCGUCCCGACCAAGGGGACCCCGGAGUGGAUCUCCUUUGAUGUGACGAAGACAGUGAGGGAAUGGCUGACGUACCGCGAGACCAAUCUUGGCCUGGAGAUCAGUGUGCACUGCUCUUGCCCCACUUUCAGGCCUAAUGGUGAAGUCACUGAAAACACAAAUGAAGUGCUGGAAGUCAAAUUCAAAGGCAUGGAAGGAGACUAUGAGGAUCCGAGCCGUGCGAAAAAGCAGAAGGAGGAUCUGUACCCUCACCUCAUCCUCAUGAUGAUUCCUCCCCACAGGCUGGACGUCCACUCCUCCUCCCGCAGGCGCAAGCGGGCACUCGACACCAAUUACUGCUUCAACAAUUACGAGGAGAACUGCUGUGUGCGACCACUAUAUAUUAAUUUCCGUCAGGAUCUGGGCUGGAGGUGGAUCCACAAGCCUGAGGGGUACUACGCAAACUUCUGCUCCGGUCCCUGUCCCUACCUUCGUAGCGCAGACACAACCCACAGCUCGAUGCUGAGCCUCUACAACACCCUGAACCCGGAGGCCUCCGCCUCACCCUGCUGCGUUCCUCAGGACCUGGCGCCCCUCACCAUCCUCUACUACGUGGGACGCUCCCCGAAAAUCGAGGAGCUCUCCAACAUGGUCGUCAAGUCCUGCAAGUGCAGCUAAGCUUCAGGGAUUCAGCGGAGAGGAGACACGGGAAGAGAAGCCGUGGAGGAGGAUGAUGAGGGUGGAAUUUAAAUUGGGCAGGAUGCAAUUUAUCCUCGACGACCACCAACCCACCCCCGCCCCGCCUCGACUUGAGCCUCGCCCAAGAAGAAAAAGGAAAAAAAAAAAAAAGCAAUCCACCAAUCUCCUCGCAAUCAUUGGCAGCGUUUACCAGAACUCAUCAGAGACCACUUCACCACUGACUGACACCAGUAUUACUUACGUUUGUCCUAUUAACUAUUAGAGCGUUUUGAAAAAAAGCCUGUACCUCACAUGACUAUUGCCUGUUUUCACUGAAUGAGGAACAAGAACAACCGUCUCGGCGUAAAUCUCAAGGACAAUAAAUGUAAUGCAACCAUGGAGAGACUGAGAAUGUGAACUGGACUCAGCAUGGCGUCAGCGACGGGGUUCGGUGAGAUGAUUCGUUUGCUGGGAGCAAAACUGCGGGACACGUCCGAAAAAUCCUACACCGCUGGAGGAGUUUAUGGUGUUUAAUAAAAAAACACAUUAGGGAGGAAAAAAAUAAAUAAAAAAUGCUGGAAUCCAAUCUUUAUUUCAUCGUAGUGAGGCUGUGGUUAUGUUUACCUCUGUAAUGCGACAGCAUGGUGAUUCCAGGGAUUGUUUCAUUAAAGUGAAGCCUUUCUGUUAUAUGAGCUGAUGUAUGUCACUAAAUGAACUCAACUAGAUCACAAACUGUAAAUGUUUUUAUUACUCCUGAAAACACUUCUUUUUUUUUUUUUUUUUUGUUAAUUAAAGAAUGACAAUUGGACAGCUCUGUUUGUUUAUUAUUGGACAAAUCUGUGACCUUUUUAUUUAUUUAGUUUUGUUUCUGUUUGUGCUACAGCCCGCUCACGGAAAACGUUUCACAGAACAACAUCGAGUCUUGCAGCAUGCAUGCACCGGCUUAGACAGUAACGAAUCCACAAUAUGACGUUCAUCACGUGUUUCUAAAACAGUCUAUAACAUUAUUGUGCUGCAUUGAAAGCCACAAUCUGAGGAAACCCACUUCUGAUGAUGAUGAUGAACACCAUUGGAGAAAAUGUCGCACAUAAUUCAAGUAUUUCAGUCGUCACAAAAAAAAAAAAAAAAUAA